GUCAGCGGCGGGAGGAGGAGGAGUUCCGGCGCCUGCCUGCCUGCCUGCUACGUGAAAGUCACUUUCGCAUGAGGAAUCAAAGACACACGGCAGAUAAGCUUUCACUCAGAGGCCUGAGGCAAGAUCUAAAGGGGAAAGAGAGGGAAAAGAUAGACUCUGCAGCUAGGCAGAGAAACGUGCAGAUUUCUGGGGGAGGGGCAGAUUCCCCCCCCCCUUAGACCUGGAUUCCUUUGAUUUUUCAGGCACACGUCAGCCGAAGGGAGGUGGCACAGAGCUGCCUCCUCCUCCUCCUGCCCCCCCUACAAAACCUGGAGGCACUAACAGAACAGGCCCCUGUUCCCAUCCAGGGAAGGGACCACUAGGGUCAUCUAGCCCAACCCCCUCUGUAAUGCAGGGAACUUUUGCCUAACCUGGGACUCGAACUCAUGAGCCUGUGAUUAAGAGUCUUGUGCUCUACCGACUGAGCUUCCCCACCCCACAACAACUGAGCUGGCUUUCUUUUGUUUCUGUAGGUCUAGCAGCAAAAGUUGUGUUACCAUUGACCACCCUUUCAAACUGCAUAAUGCCUGGUCUUCUGAACCGGAUGUGCCACAUUGGGUUCCACGUCCCUGAGGGGCAACAGCUGGCCAGCAACUUGGUGCGCCAGUUUGGAUUCGAGCUGUUUGCUGCACGGGUGGCAGAAUGGAGCAGGCAGCUGGCCUUCCGGAGAGGGGAUGCCAUUUUUCUCGUCAAUGAAAGGCUGAAGCCUGCCAAGAGAGACGCUCCACCUGUGCCAUCUUCAGGCUGCCGCAAGGCUAAAGGAAUUCUGUACGACGUGGACCUAGAAUAUGCCGUCAGUACAGCCUCCAACAUUUGCUUUGAGGCAGAAGAUGUACCUGGCAUCUCCCAAAGCCUACAGGAACGAGGAUGCCAGAUCCUCAUCCCUCCCACAGCUGUGGAAGAUGAAAAUGGCCACGUCACUUAUUCAGUAGUGGGAUCCAUCAUAGGCAACGUCAGCCACACACUACUUGACAGAUCUCGGUACAGCGGACCGUUCCUGCCUGGUUUCCACAUGGUGGAGGGUGCUCCCAAGGUCCAGGUGGGUGGCCAGGUGACACAUUUUGACCAUAUCACCUAUGCUUGCCCCCAAGGUAGCGCGCAAGCUGUGUUGGACUGGUACAAGAACUGUUUGGGAUUCCAGCGUUUCCCCAUCCACCAGCAAGACAAUGGUACUGAUGGCUAUACAAUCCAGGGUGCUGGUAUGGGUCUUCGUCUUACUGCCAUGCAGUCCAAUGGAAGCGAUCCGACUCUGCUUCGCAAUGACUGUAAAAUUAUUCUAGCUGAGUCUCUGUCAGAUCAAAAGAAGAACCAGGUGGAUACUUUCUUAGAGCAGCACGGUGGAUCGGGCAUCCAACACGUGGCACUCUACACCACAGGUAUUAUAGGAGCCGCUGCGGCCAUGGCCAGAUCUGGCGCAAACUUUUUCAAGCCCCCCUUAUCAUACUACAGUGAGAAAAGGAAGGUGGAGGAGAUAAGGCAAGCUGGGCAAAAUCUUCAGCUCCUGAAGGACCAUGGCAUCCUUCUGGACGCUGGCGUAGGAGGCAGCGGUAGCUCUGGAGGCCUUUGUGAGAAGCAAUACCUCAUGCAGAUCUUCACAAAGCCUCUCUUUACAGAGGAUACUUUCUUCCUGGAGCUUAUAGAGCGAUGUGGGGCCACAGGUUUUGGCGAGGGAAACAUUCGUGCUCUCUGGCAAUCUGUACAAAACUAUAUGGACCAGCAAGUUUGAAGAAUGCGCACCAACACCCCGUUACACAUUCUUGUGCUCAGUGUAUAUGUGAACCUGAUGGUGCGAGUUCUGCAAACCUGCUCCUAAGGGGUUGGUUUCCCUGUUAUAUCAAUGACAUAAGGAGUUCUAGAUCAUGUGCAUACUUCCUAAACUGGCUCUGCACCUCCACCAGAGUUGCUUUCACUGGUGUAAAAAGUAUCCAUGUGAUCUGGAUGACCCACCUAAUCAGAACUUUUUACACAUUGCUGACCUAUUUUGAGUUGGGAGCUCUAACCACAGCAAAGAAACAUUGUGAUGGCAGCUGCAUCUUGGCUGCAAACAAGUGUGGUCAAUACUCCUAGAACAGGGCUUCUCUAUUCUGCAUCUUUAUUAACAAGCUUCACUCCUGGAACAAGCGAGAUAAACAGAAAGCAUAGAAAUCUGGCUCUUUAAUUCCUUGUAGAUGUGGGGCUCCAGAGGCAAAGACUAAGAAACAUGGAAAGGGGUAGUAUCAGGCUGAUGCUUGCCCAACAUUGUCCCAGAACAGGAAAUGGUGUUCUUCAAUAUAUGAAAUCCAUCUUCUUCAGUACAAAACUAUGUGCUGAAGCUCUUUUAAAAAACUGUUACUUGAAUGGUUUCUGCCUCAAGUAUAUUUGUGAUGAGAUC